AUGGCAGCCAUCAACAACUACCCAUUCUCAAGAUCAACUCAAUCCACCUCACCCUUCGUCUCGUCUACCCCUCCCAUCCCAACCAGUCACAAACUCACUACUCCCCUUGCACCUCCUCCCCCACCACCCCUUUACAUGUCCGCUCACGAUCAUUCCUCGGGUCCCGAAAGACAAGUGAGAUACGCCGGGGCGGAUCAUACACUUGGGCCGAUGUUCAGUGAGGAAGAAGAUGGGGACGAUACAGCUUUCAUAGCUGCAAAGAUGGCUUCUUUGGGUCUGGAUCCGACUGGAAGACCUUAUAAUCAGAGUGGAUAUGUUCAACAAAAUCUACGUCUACAACAAUACCGAGAUCCCCGCUCUCGAAGCCCACUAGCACAAGCUCAACUUCAAGCUCAGAGACAAGCUCAAAUGCAAUAUCUCAAUCAACAAGCUCAACAACAACAAGCACUCUAUCAUCUUUUGUCUCAACAAAAGCAAAAUCAACUCAACCCUCAAUUGAGAGAAGCUAUGGCUAUUCUCGAACUUCAACAAGCUCAACAAUCAGCUACUGAUCGACAUGCCUAUGCCCAACAACAAGCUCAGCGAGCAUAUAAUCAGGCUCAACGACAGCCUGGAUGGGAACAGACCAAAGUAGUACAACAGCAGCAGCAACAACAGCAGCAGCAACAACAGCAGCAGCAACAACAGCAGCAGCAACAACAACAACAGCAGAUCAGGGAAAUGCAAUACCUGCAAGAUCUACAUCUACAACAACAAUUGACCGCUUUACAAACCACAAACACAAAUACAUACAAUCGACCGAACAACGAAAGAACCGCUUUAUCAGCACAGAUGCAAGCUAACCUACAAGCUAGACAGGGCAGAGUGUUAGCUGAAGCUAGAGGAAUGACAUUAGACGAUUCUGAGCUUAGAGCGAGAUUUGAGGCUGCCGAGAAUUACAGUCAUACAGCACCACCACCUCCUAAUGAAUCCAAGCCUAGAUUUGAUCCUUCGACAUUACCUACUAACGGGAACAGUCCUACGUCGCCAUCUUGGAAAUCAUCGGGAUCUCCUUCACCUACCAAGACGAAUAUCCUCACUCCUACCGAACUUCCUACUCCGACUCAAUCGACUUCUUCCGUCAGAUCGCCCAAGGGAGGAAGGUUCUCUCAAGCAAGACAAGCUAUGGCUGCUGAGGGGACUGAAAAGCCUUAUGGAACUCUCACUGCUACCUUAUCUGGCAGAUCGUUGAACACGGAGAAUUAUGUCCAACCGAUGUUUACAGAGAAGAAAAUUCAAGAGGAAAAGGAAGAAGUGGUGGACGUUCCGGCGAGUCCAACAGUGGAGAAGAAACCCUUGAAAUAUACUUUAGGAGCUUUAGGUAAUGGGAGACCAUCAACUGUAUCAUCUUCUACGAGCAGAGCGGUGACCCUGCCCGUGACCGAGACCAACUCUGCUCCGGUUCACAAUCAAAGAGCAUUCAGUCAACCGCUCUUACAAGUCCCCUCGAAGGUGUUCGUGGUUCGACAACCUCAUGGUCCACCUUGCGAAGCUUCCGAGUUGGGCGAUAAGAACUUCCAAUCUAGAUUGCGAAGACAAGCUGGAUUGAACCUUACCAUGUUGAAUAGAAGGACGGAAUCACCUUGUCCUACCCCCGUUCUCGCAUAG